GUCCCUGCUAAGAGCCAGCCAGGAGGUGGGGGCGGGAGAUCAGGGACAGAAAGAGACAGAAAAAGGCGGACAGCGUGAGAGACAGAGUCUGCCGUGUGGGAGGAAAGUCUAUUUCCUACUCCAAAUGGCCAUUUCAUGUGCUGUGGGGAUGGAAAUGCAGGAUCCAAAGAUGAACGGAGCCCUCUCUGCGGGUGCUGCUGCGGGCUACAGUCAGGAACGUGAGGGCUUCCUGCACACCCAUGGCACUGUUCCUGGGAGGAAACCUGUCCAGUUCAUGGAUUUUGAGGGAAAGACAUCAUUCGGAAUGUCAGUGUUCAACCUCAGCAACGCCAUCAUGGGGAGUGGCAUCCUGGGGCUGGCUUAUGCCAUGGCCCACACGGGAGUCAUCUUCUUUCUGGCCCUGCUGCUGUGCAUUGCCCUCUUGUCCUCUUACUCGAUCCACCUCCUGCUGACCUGUGCCAGUGUUGUAGGCAUUCGAGCCUAUGAGCAGCUGGGACAGAGGGCAUUUGGGCCGGCUGGGAAAGUCGUGGUGGCCGUCAUCAUCUGUCUGCACAAUGUUGGGGCUAUGUCCAGUUACCUGUUCAUCAUCAAAUCGGAACUCCCUCUGGUUAUUGGCACCUUCCUGCACAUGGACCCGGAGGGGGACUGGUUCUUGAAGGGAAACCUCCUCAUCAUCCUGGUCAGCAUGUUAAUCAUCUUGCCUCUGGCUCUCAUGAAACACCUGGGCUACUUGGGGUACACAAGCAGCCUCUCUCUGACCUGCAUGAUGUUUUUCCUCGUUUCGGUCAUCUAUAAGAAGUUUCAGCUUGGCUGUGAUGUGAGCCACAAUGACACAGCAGUGGAGGGUAAACAGCCUCCUGUCCAGGGGUUUAACAGCAGCUGCGAGGCCAAGCUGUUCACAGUUGACUCACAGAUGUCUUACACAGUCCCUAUCAUGGCUUUUGCCUUUGUCUGCCACCCUGAGGUGCUGCCCAUCUACACAGAGCUAUGCCGGCCCUCCCAGCGCAGGAUGCAAGCUGUGGCCAACAUGUCCAUCGGGGCUAUGUUCGUCAUGUAUGGACUCACAGCCACCUUUGGAUACCUUACCUUCUACAGCACGGUGAAGGCAGAGAUGCUGGAAAUGUACACCCAGGAGGACCUGCUCAUUCUUUGUGUGCGUCUGGCUGUACUGCUUGCAGUAACCCUCACUGUGCCGGUUGUGCUUUUCCCUAUCCGACGAGCCCUACAGCAGCUGCUCUUUCCAAGCAAGGCCUUCAGUUGGCCACGGCAUGUGGCUAUAGCCCUGGUUCUGCUAAUUUUGGUCAAUGUCCUUGUCAUUUGUGUGCCAACCAUCCGAGAUAUCUUUGGGUUUAUUGGGUCCACCUCAGCCCCUAGCCUCAUCUUCAUCCUUCCCAGUGUCUUCUACCUACGCAUUGUUCCUUCUGAGGUGGAACCCUUAUUUUCCUGGCCCAAGAUCCAGGCUUUGUGCUUUGGCAUCCUGGGAGUCCUCUUCAUGGCCAUCAGUCUGGGCUUUAUGUUUGCCAACUGGGCCACAGGCCAGAGCCGCAUGUCUGGACACUGACCUGUCCUGUCCUGCCUCACUCAGUCCCCAUGUUUACAGGCAUGUAUACAAGGGAGUCCAAGUCACUUUCCUGAGUUCCUCCUGCAUAGGAUGUGAAGGUGGCUGGUCUCUAGUAACAUUGCUGUUAGAGAUGUGGACAGUAGAGGCUGUAGAGUAGUUCACUGUCCUUCCCCCUAGGUUGCCUUACUCCUAGUGCCAACCCCAUGAGAGGAGGGGAGGCCAGGUCCUUAGAAGGGUUCUUACCCAACAUAGUCCUCACUUCCUGGAUGAAGCUGUUUGUCAGGGUUAUUUAUCCUGGGGCUAAAAGGGAAGAAUAAAGAUGCUGAAUGACAA